CAAGAGGGGAAAAAACCCCCUAAAUGACCGGGGGGUGUCAGCUCCUCCUGCCCUGCCUGGUUCUGACCCUGCCAUGGCUGCAGCAUUUCUGCCACCACCCCAUCCCUGAGAGAUGCUUCUUGGGGAAGCAACACCAAAUAUCACCUGUCACGUUUCAGCCUCAUCCCCUAAAAACCUCAAUCACAGGCUUUUUGAGUUAAUUUAAUAAAUUAAUUUGAUUAAUUUAAUAAUUUUCCACCUGUUCAGCCCAACCCUGCACAUGUUCCUGCACUUCCAGGUGAGCCCCCCCCUCCUCCUCCUGGCUGGGGACAGGACCCCUUUCCCCGGGCACAGGGGAGGCUGCAGAAUACAGAGAUAUGUUUUAAAAAAAACCAAAGAAACAUAAAAGGCCUGGUUGGUGCCAUUUCCCGGGACCGGACGCGCGUUGGUCACGAGGUGAGAAGGUGUCCGAGGCUGGUGUCGCUCUCGGGACACGCCAACGACCUCCAGAGCCACCAUGGCUGGGGAAAUGGGUCAUGCCAAUCUAAGAAAUCCUGGGAAUGAGCCUCCUCCGGCUGAGAAAUGUCCUGGUGAGUGUAUUUUGGGGGAAAAAAGGCUUAUUUCAGGCCCUGGGAAGAGUUUUGGGUCCAUUACCUUUGGGGUCCCUUCGCUUCUCCAUCCCCAUGUUCAGGUUUCCAAGCUCACGGAGUGGCCUUUGAAAUGGGGUCUGGGCUUGUCUGGAGCAAGACAGGGACAGGAGAAGCUGGAAAAUCUCCGGAACUGGAACAGUUUUGUUUCCCAGACCCUUCACUCAGUGGCCAAAAGGGGCCCCAGGAAGCCCCAGGGGAGCCCCCACCCCUGGGAGGGCAGGGAAGGGGCUGAGCCCCGUCCAGACCCCGGAGGAGUCGAGGGCUGGAAGGACCCACAGCCACCAACUCCCAGCUGGAAACUGAGCCCGUUUGGGAGUUCCCAGGUCCUGCCCUCUGUCACUGGGUCCUCGAGGCUGCUCCCGAGGCUGCUGCACCCCCUGAGCCCCCCAAACCCCCCCGGGGGUGCUGCCCUGGCUCGAGCCCUGUCAGGGGGGAUUUAUGGCUUUGGAGGAAGCAAAGCAACCAGAAACUUCUGCUCGAACUCACAGCUCAGCACAGGGGUUUGGGUUUUUUUUGUGCUCUAAACCCCCAAUCUUCUUCGUGUUUUUUUAAGCUUAAAUGUGGCCUCUUCCAGCUCCUGCCCUGUGCCCGUGGUGGCACAGAGUCCUCCUCACAGCCGGGGCGCUGGGGCACCUCGUCCUGCUGGUGCUGGUGGUGCUCCGAAAUGUGAGUGUUUUUCAGGGCUUUCUAGGUCUGAGUGACAGCAGAGUUGAGAUCCAGGCCAGGAACCAGACGGAGCGAUGCAUCUUCCCAUCCCUGGUGCGGUACUUCUGCCAGCCCCAGGGGCAGAGUCCCCCAGCCCCUGUUGGCUGCAAGUUGUGCCCCCAGGACUGGCAGCUUCGUGGGGAGAGAUGCUACUGGCUCUCCAAGGAAUCGGGAAACUGGACUCGGGGCAGGAAAAGCUGCAAAGAUCAGGGCUCUGAGCUGGUGGUGCUCAAGAACGAGACAGAAAUGGAGAAUGUCGAGAGUGUCACAGGCAGACGCCCACGGUCGGUGUGGGUCGGGUUGAGGUCACGGCAGAAGGAGUGGACGUGGGUGGACGACACCCCCUAUGACCUCCACAGGUUUGGGGUCCUGCAGGAGCCAGACAAAGGCUUCUGUGGGACCCUGAAAGGCAAGAGCUUGGAGGUUGAUGGCUGUGACAGUGACCACAAGUGGGUUUGCCAAAAAGCCCCUUUCCAGCUCUCCUCGCCCACGGUUGGGAAUUUGAGAUGAUGCCUCCACCUGACACACUCGGGCAAUGGACCCCGUGCGGUACAAAAAAAAAAUUUAUUACAAUUUUUUCAUGGUUUAUCCACCUCAUUACAUCAGCAGUAAAUUACUAUUAGUGACUUUUCUCUA